AAGAUCAAAAACCAAAAUAUGAGUCUAAGCUCCGAGCUUAAGGAUCUAGAGGAGUUGACGUCCAAUGCGAAGCAGAUACAAGAUGACAUGGUGGAUGAGAUACUAAGAGUUAACGCAAACACAGAGUAUCUUCGACGUUUUCUCCAUGGGAGCUUUGAUAAAGAACUUUUCAAGAAGAACGUACCGGUGGUGACUUAUGAAGAUGUUAAGCCUUAUAUCGAACGUGUCGCUAAUGGAGAACCUUCAGAUGUCAUUUCGGGCGAACCAAUUACUCAUUUCUUCGUAAGCUCUGGAACUACAGGAGGGAGACAAAAGAUCUUCCCUGUGAACAACAAGUUUUUUGAAAAGAUUAUAUUCACCGAUGCUCUACGUACCUCCAUUAUAUCCAUGCAUAUCAAAGGCGUCAAGCAAGGAAAGGAGAUGAAGUUUCUUAACACCAGAACGUUAUCCACAACUCCCUCUCGUUUGCCUGUUGCUCCUCUAAUGACGAGAUUCCUGAUGAGCAGUUAUUUCAAGAACUGGUCUUCAAAGCGUUUUACUAGCCCCGACCAAGUCAUAUUGUGUGUAGACAACAAGCAGAGUAUGUACUGUCAUCUUCUCUGUGGUCUUGUCCAGAGAUCGGAGCUAGUCCAAGCAAUCACAUUUCUUGAAACUCACUGGAAAGAAAUGUGCGGUAAUAUCCGAUCUGGUCAUGUAAGCGAGUGGAUCACCGACCGUAGUUGCAGAGACUCGGUCUCUGCCAUACUUGGAGGACCAAAUCUUGAAUUGACAGAUCUAAUUGAACGUGAAUGCAGCAAGAAGUCAUGGGAAGGUAUCAUCACAAGGUUAUGGCCCAACAUCAAGUUCGUUCAAAGCAUAGCUACAGGACAGAUGAGUCAAUACAUCCCAAUAUUAGAGUUUUACUUCAACAAGCUGCCUCUCAUCUCCCCAAGUUAUUCGUCUUCUGAAUCAAUCUUCGGAGUAAAUGUGAAUCCUCUAUGCAAACCACAAGACGUGACUUACACGUUUUUGCCCAACAUGUCUUACUUUGAGUUCAUCCUUGUUGAUGGAGGAAACCAUGAUGAAAUUGUUGACCUUGUGAACGUUAAGUCAGGAUGCCUGUAUGAGACCUUGGUCACAAAUCAUUAUGGGUUAUACAGAUAUAGAAUGGGAGAUAUUCUACAGGUGACUGGAUUUUACAAUAGUGCACCUCAGUUUAGAUUUGUACGCAGAAAAAACAUUGUUUUAAGCUUACAAGCGGAGGCAACAACUGAAAAAGAUCUUUCAAAGGCGUUGAAUCGUGUGACUAUCCUUCUUGAGUCUUCAGGUUUGAUGUUGAUGGGAUUCACAUGCUAUUCUGAUAUCUCCACUGUGCCAAGUCAUUAUGUUCUUUAUUGGGAGCUUGAAGCCAAAAACUUUGAUGGCAUUGUUAAGCUUGAUAACAAGGUGAUGGUGGAAUGUUGCUGUGUAGUGGAGGAAUCAUUUAAUGCUCUUUAUCGAGAUUUAAGGAGCAAAGAUGGCUCCAUUGGAGCUCUAGAGAUAAGAGUGGUGGAGCAAGGAACGUUCGAUUCUCUCAUGGAAUACUCCAUCUCACAGGGUGCUUCUGCAUCUCAAUACAAGACACCUAUAUGCAUCAGCUCGCAUGAAGCUUUAGCGAUUCUUGAAAACAAAGUUGUCGCUCGGUUUUUCAACGAUAACGCCCCUUCUCUCUGACCAAAGAGAUAGGGUCUAUUUGGAUCACGUUGACCCCCACAAGAACUGGUGAGAGAUAGGUUUAUGAUUUGUGGUUUCGUGUGCAAGUGUGUGUGAUACGUGUUAAACUUUAAAUCGUUUGAUUGUUAAGACAUGCUCUAUGUAGUCGUCAACCUAAUAUGUACCAAUAAAUGAAUUAAUAUCGUUUUGUUCGCUACAGAUAUUUUCUGUACAAAUUAG